ACAGUUGUAUUCUGAACAUAAACGGGUCCACACAACGCUUUUUUGUACUUAAAAAUAAUAAACAAAAACAAUCAUGGAACGUUGGCAUAAUCGUGUAGCUGUUGUAACCGGUGCCAGUUCGGGCAUUGGUGCAGCUUGUGUUAAAGCUAUUUUAGCUGCCGGCGUUAAAGUCGUUGGCCUAGCCAGACGUGUCGAACGUAUGGAAGAACUUAAAAAAUCUCUACCUGCCGAACAACAAAAUAGAUUUUUCUAUCAUAAAUGUGAUGUCUCCAAAGAGGAAGAUGUUAAUACGGCUUUUGAUUGGGUGGAAAAAACUGUAGGUGGUACUGAUAUUUUGAUAAAUAAUGCCGGUACCAUACGUGAGGGUAAUCUAGUUGAUAUGCCCAUGCAAGAUAUUAAAGAUGUGGUGAAUACAAAUUUAAUGGGCGCCAUUUAUUGUACACAAAAUGCUUUUAAGAGUAUGAAAGCUAGAAAUUCUGCUGGACAUUUGAUAUAUAUUAAUAGUACUGCUGGUCUGGCCGGUUAUAAUCCUGGUCCCGAUUAUCCCAGUUUAAAUGUUUAUACACCCACGAAAUUUGGCUUGAAUGCCUUAAAUGAAAUUUGUCGUCAGGAAUUGAUUACGUUGAAGAAAAAAAUUAAGACAACUAACAUUAGUCCCGGUUGGGUGGCCACCGAAAUCGUACCCGAUGAAACCAAAGAAAUGUUGGGUGAUGUUAUACUCCAGGCUGAGGAUGUUGCUCAAGCUGUUAUGUAUGCUUUGUCCACUGCCCCACACACACAAGUACAAGAGAUAACAUUGAGAGCUGUAGGUGAAUGGUAUUGAGUAAAAAGUCAGAGAUAAGAAUAGGACUUUUUUUUAUAUAUAUUUUACCUUUUUAUAAACUGUGGUUGUCCUUUUAGCCACCUGCUGUGUAUAGUUUUUAAUAUAAAUAUAAAAUGUGUAAUUUAAUUAUUUUUUUAUAAUAAAAAUUAAAAAAAAAAAGAUUUUUAAUG